AACAUUUUCCCGGGAAAAAUUGAGUGGAUAAUUGGAAAAGAAAAGCACAGAGAAUCAGAAUCUGAAUCUCUCAAAAAGAAAAACUACUACUGCUAUUCAGUUAUUUGCUUGCUUUGCGUUCCCAAAUUCCGAGUACAUGCUGAUGGCGAUCUUGUGACCUCGAAUUAAACGUCGUCGUUGUAGUCUCAGCCAUGACUUUCAGCACAGAGUCCUCUCCUCCUACAAGAGACUGGAAAUUUUCUCAGGUUUUCGGCGAACAAAGUCCCGGAGAGGAAGUUCAAGACAUUGACGUCAUAUCUGCAAUUGACUUCGAGAAGAGCGGUGAUUAUCUUGCUGUUGGCGAUAGAGGUGGCCGUGUUGUAAUUUUUGAAAGCAAGGCUGGUAAAAAUGUUUCUGGUAAGGACUACUCUCGAAGUGAAUUGGAGCAAUUGGAUUUUAUGGCUAUGCAGCAUCCUAAAUUUCAAUACAAGACUGAAUUUCAGAGUCAUGAGCCUGAGUUUGAUUAUCUGAAGAGUUUGGAAAUUGAAGAGAAGAUCAAUAAACUGAGAUGGCGCGACACACCCAAUGGAUCAGUUUUUAUCCUUUCAACAAAUAAUAAGACGAUAAAACUAUGGAAGAUCAAGGAACACAAAGUGAAGAAAGUCAAAGAAAUGGACCUUAACCCAUUUGUGUGUUCAGAGAAUACACUUUUGGCUGAAGGGAGUUUUGUUAGUGGGCAGCAUAAGCCAUCUCUUACCAAUGGUUACUGUUUGGAAUGGACAGAGAAAAUGGACAACAGAAUAUCGCCAUCACAUGAAGACCUUACCAAAAUACCAAAUACUGGAGAUGCUGCUCGUGCAAGAUGUCGAAAGGUGUACGCUCAUGCUCAUGAUUUUAAUAUUAACUCUAUCUCAAAUAAUAGUGACGGCGAAACAUUUGUUUCUGCUGAUGACCUAAGGAUAAACUUGUGGAACCUUGAGGUCAGUGAUCAGUGUUUCAAUAUCAUCGACAUGAAGCCAUUGAACAUGGAUGAUCUUACAGAGGUGAUAACAUCAGCUGAAUUUCAUCCACUUCACUGCAAUCUGCUCGCUUACAGCAGUUCAAGGGGUUUUAUUCGGCUAGUAGACAUGCGACAGUCAGCAGUAUGUGAUCACAGUGCAAGGAUAUUACAAGAUGGGGAAUGCCGUGGAUCUAAAUCAUUUUUCACAGAAAUCAUUGCAUCCAUAUCUGAUAUAAAGUUUGCAACUGAUGGAAGGCACAUCUUAAGCCGUGAUUACAUGAAUCUGAAGUUGUGGGACACGCGUAUGGAAACUUCUCCAGUUGCAACAUAUAAGAUUCAUGAGCACCUCCGCCCUAAGUUUUCUGAUUUGUAUAAUACCGAUGCCAUAUUUGAUAAAUUUGACUGCUGCGUCAGUGGAGAUGGACUUGAUUUUGCAACUGGUUCUUAUAGCAAUCUUUUGCAUAUUUUUUCAUAUGGAGUCGGAGGUGAAGAAGCGAUCACUGUAGAGGCAAGCAGAAGUCCUAACAGGAAGCCACAUCUCCAAGCUGCUCCAAGAGCUAGAAGGUCAUCACUAAGCAGCUUGUCACGUGCAUUUUCCCGGGAAGGGUAUGAAAAUGCUAGUUCGGGAAAUAAUGAAUUUUCUUGCAACUUAAAUUCUAAGCUACUGCAUCUCGCUUGGCAUCCAAGAACCAACUUGAUUGCUUGUUCUGCGGGGAAUAGCUUGUUCAUGUAUUAUGCAUAGUUAGUACCUUGUACCUAGAUUCUAAGCGGCUGCAUCUGUUAAUUUUGAUUGUUCUUCUGGUUUUUCAGAUCUUACUUUGGGUAUGCACAGUCUCUCCAUCUAUAUACAUGUACAUAUAUAACUGUAUAAGAGGUAGAAUAUCAACAAAAUUUGUAUGCAUGAAUUUGUCAUUGUACAGCUGUGGUAGUGUUGUCCAAGUGGGAAAAGGGUCAGGCCUAAAGUGCCUUCCACCCUAUUGAUCCUAGUUGGAUUCCCCCUCCCCCGAAUAAGUACUAACCAUUGUCGAGCUAAAAAAAAAAAAAAUGUGAUUGUACUUACCAUUACCAAGAAAUUAUGAAAAGUAUAACUCAAUUUGUUCUAAACCAUUCAUGUGCACAGUGCAUCUGGAUGUCCCACAUAAUUUGGGGGAUAGGAUUUAGGGAAGAGGUUAUUGGCACUUCUAUGUGUAGAUACUUUCUAACAAUCUAGACACGCUUUGAAAAUUGUGAGUAUAGAGAGUACGCAAAGUGAAUAAUAUUUACACAGUGAGCGAGUUGAGUGACAGAUGGUAUCAUAGCGAAUAGCGAAUCUCCACGGGGAGCAUAAACAAAGAUGGUCCUUUUCAUGUUAUUAUUAAUCACCUUCAUCUAAUUUCUAAGAAAUUCAAACGAGUCAGGCGGGUGCCCAUUUUGAGGUACACACCCAUUUAGUAGCAUAUGCGAACUUGCCAAAGUGUCAUUCAGAAUGGCUACCUGACGGUUGGUAUGCUAACCUUCGAGGCACAAUAAUCAAAAUAGUUUAUAAUUUUUAGAAUACUUAAAAAAUAUAUAUAAAGAGUUCAAUAAGAGCUGUUGUCAAUUUUUAAUAAAAAUAUUUUUUAUAUUUAUAUUUUUAUUAUUAAUUGUCAUAUCAAGUCGAUUGUAAUGUAAAGUAAAAAUUGUUAAGUACUUCCUUUGUUUCAAAAUAGUUGGGUAUCUUAUAUAAGUGUGACUCAUAGUUUCAAAGUACCUAACUAUUUUAGAACGGAGUGUAUAUUAUUUUACUAAUUUUUAUUAUCUAAACAUAACGGCAAGGGACCUUCUAACCAAUUACGUAUUUUUGUAGGGACCCGGGACUCUUUUUCAACACACUGUAAUAAUUUUUUAAUACAUUAAAUCCGAUUAAAAUAAGUAAAUAUAAAUAUAAUGAUGAUUUUUAAUACAUUAAAUUUGACUAAAGUAAAUAAAUAUAAAUAUAUUAAAAAUAGAUAUAAUGAUAUUAAAAAAAAAAAAAAAAAAAAAA